GAAGCGAGAUUCCUGCUGAGUGAACGGAAGUAAGUACGUGGCUGCUCCCGCUGCCGUGUCUGCAGGAUGGCGACUGAGGUUCAGAGCGGCGACCUCACCAGCGCUAACUCAAGCCGUCUCGAAGUUUCCAUCGACGGCUUGACGCUGAGUCCCGACUCCGAGGCAGAACAAGAGCAGCUGGAGCCCUCGGGUCCCGGGGCAGACGGAGAGUCGGCCGGCGAGGCCGCGGGAGAGGAGGAGCGGGGCGAGAGCGGGCACAGCUCGGUGGAGAAGGUCUGGGGCUUUCCCCUGGUGGAGCUCUACGGCCUGGCGCUCAGAUUUUUCAAAGAAAAAGAUGGCAAGGCCUUCCACCCUACAUAUGAGGAGAAGCUGCGUCUGGUGGCCCUACAUAAGCAGGUCCUCCUAGGACCUUACAACCCAGAUGCUUCCCCUGAGGUGGGAUUCUUUGAUGUGUUGGGAAAUGAUCGCAGGAAAGAAUGGGCAUCAUUGGGAAAUAUGGAGAAGGAUGAGGCCAUGGUAGAGUUUGUUAAGCUGUUAAAUAAAUGCUGUAAUUUAUUUGCACCUUUCGUUGCAUCACACAAGAUUGAAAAGGAGGAGCAAGAGAGGAAGAGGAGGGAAGAAGAGGAGCGGCGACGUAAAGAGGAAGAGGAGCGGGAGCGGCAGCGUCAAGAGGAGGAGAGGCGCAGAUGGGAGGAGGAGGAGAGACUGAGGAGAGAAGAGGAGGAAAGGAGGCAGGCUGAGGAGGAGAGACUCCGUGUGGAACAGCAAAAGCAGCAGAUUAUGGCUGCUCUGAAUGCACAGACCGCUGUGCAGUUCCAGCAGUAUGCUGCACAGCAGUACCCGGACAGUCCUGAGCAACAGCUGGUCCUCAUCAGACAGCUUCAGGAGCAGCACUACCAACAGUACAUGCAACAGCUCUACCAGGUGCAGCUGGCACAGCAGCAGGCGGCCUUGCAGAAGCAGCAGGAGGAUUCUGUAGUGCUUUCAACAUUAGAAGCCAGUGAGACUUCAGCACCCUCCACUGGUGAGGAGGCCCCUACAGUGAAUGGCCAGGCAGAAUCCUCCACUGACAGCAUAGAGAGAGAGCCAGACCUGGAGCCUGCUGAGGAGGUCACUGAGAAUGGCCCCACAGACUCCUCUCCGGUGAUAGCAGCACCCUCUAUGUGGACCAGACCUCAGAUUAAGGAUUUUAAGGAGAAGAUACGCCAGGAUGUGGAUUCGGUGAUCACAGUGGGACGAGGGGAAGUGGUCACUGUGAGGGUUCCAACCCAUGAGGAAGGCUCUUACCUCUUCUGGGAGUUUGCCACAGAUUACUAUGACAUUGGCUUUGGUGUCUUCUUUGAAUGGACAGACUCAACCAAUGCCUCAGUUAGUGUUCAUGUCAGUGAGUCUAGUGACGAAGAUGAGGAUGAAGAAGCAGAGCCGCAGAGUGAGGAGGAGAAGGCCAAAAAGGAGGCAGGGAAGCCGCAGGUGGAUGAGAUUGUGCCGGUGUACCGGCGGGACUGUCAUGAAGAGGUUUAUGCUGGAAGUCACCAGUAUCCUGGCCGUGGCGUCUACCUGCUGAAGUUUGACAACUCUUACUCGCUCUGGCGGUCCAAGAGUGUCUAUUACAGAGUCUACUACACCAGAUAAGCCUGGAGUCAAGACUGUGGAGCAGGAGUAUGUGUGUACGUGUGAGUGUGUUGGUAUGUGAGUGGAGUGCGUCUCAUGCUGUUCGACUUUAGGAGGGUUGGGCUCUGAUGAAUACUUGCCACCUCUGUUUUGCACUCUGAAAGGCAUUCUCUAGGAUUUUGUGCUUAUUGAUGGUAUUGUCUUCAGCACCCAUUGUGACUUAUCCUCAGCCUCCAUUUUCUAAUGUCAUCCAAAGAGGUGCUUUGGCCACUUACAAAGCUAUGUAUCCUGUUUGGACAGGUUUACUUGUCAUGUAACUUGUGACUAGGAUGUGUGACUAAAGCAUGCUACACAAGGGGAGGGUUGUGCCGAGAAUAACAAAAUGCUGCUUUUCCACCACUGCCUGAAACCUGUGAGUUUUUGUUACCAACAGACUUCUUUCUCCUGAAGAUGUGUGAGACUGUAUUAAGCAUGAUAUUGUGUUGUAUAACCGUGCUUUAGAGGAAUUCCUUCAGUGAGACUGAAUUGACUUUGUGGACAUUUAAUUUGAGUUAGGGAUGUGCACAGGUACUCGAGUUCCCUGUUAAUUGUUCAUGGUAACAUUGCCAGUAAUUUAAUACUCAUCCAACAUGAAAACCUAGCAGUUUUCGUUGGCUUCUUUUGAAUAACAACUUGUUUUCAAGUAUGUUCCUCUGCCUGUUGCCCAAGGCCAGUGCUGGCACUUAAAAAGGUGAAAAUACAACCCUGCAGCCCUUUUUUCUUUCUUUCCCCAAGUUUAACCUAACAGAUAUCUGUUUAUGAUCUUUUAUGGAUACUCUGAGCAAAAUUACUCCAAAUGCACAUCUCUAAUUUGACCUUUGAAACUGUUGAUACUGAAGCUGUGUACUUUGUGUUUUUCUCUCUGUUUUUCUUUUUUUUCUUGUUUAGGCAUGCUGACCGUCUAAUGGUGACAGAUUUUCAGUGUUAGUCGUCUCUAGCUUUGUAUUCAUAUGUAUUAAUUGCAAUUUAUAGGUUAUAUUGCUGAAAACCUAAAAAAAAAAGCAAAAUAAAAAGAAUUAACAGAUGAUAAUUGAUAAUUGUUGCUUAGUCACACACUACAAUGAAAACAACUCCUGUAUCUGCCACAAGUUUUACUUUAGAAUGAAAUAAUAAUUUGAUAAGGCAGCUAAUCUCAAACUUCAUCAUUCCCUAAUGUGUUUUUUGCUUCCUGUUUGGCUGUUCUAUUGCUGAUAUGCUGUUAGUGUGCUAUGAUGCCUCCAUAUAGGGUAUAUCUGCAGGGAUGGUGCAACCUGUGUUGGCAAUAUUUAGCUAACAUCCAUCGCUUAUGUCCUGUGACCAUCCUUUGUGAACCUGAACAUGCUUCUGGUUUCAGGUACUAGUGGAAAAGCAGUAUAACAUGCCUUGCUCCUAGAGGACUACCUAAUUUAGGUCACCACUGAGAAUAUCAGCUAAUAGUGUACAAGUGCUUCACCAGUCAGCAUACAGUUCAGGAGUAAAGCAGCACAUGCCGCUUGGGGCCCACUGGUGGAAAAAAGUGUAAUAAUAAGAUAUGUUUUUUCUACUGUUGGAAGAUUGGGGGAUGACAUGUAUCUGGACUAAACUGGUGGAGGCCUUGAAGAGAGAGAUUCAUGUUUUGCAACGUUUGCUAAAGUGGUUGGAUUGUGUGUAAAGCAUUUAUUAAAUAUUUAUUAAUCUCCCUGAUAGAGUAGGGCCCUUGAUGUGUCUGUCAUAUUACAUGUAACUCGUUUCCCAACCAUUCACAUAUUGGCUUUUUAAAGAGUUUGUUGUCUCUCAUCUGAAAUAUCACUUUCCUUAUUUCUUUUUUUUUCUUCAAUGCGUUCUUUUUGUCAUCAGUUGGCAGUAUUGACUUUAUUGUGGCAUAACUAGCUGUUCAGACUCUUCUUGCCUUUUUUUCAGUCUAUCACUGUUACAUUUUUAUGUAUGUAGUUAUAGAAGGCCACAUAAAAACAGAUGUAUUAAUUUCAUGAUUUUAUCAUUGUCACACAAACACUUUCAGUAACUUUAUUAAAAGCUAACAGUUUUGCUGUUUUUCUUUCACAUUUCUGUGGCUGCCAGAUGGAAUCAGACUAAUUACCAAAAUCAAAAUUUGAACUUGUGAGCGCUUUGACUGUUUCUGUUUUAUUUAUUGGUGUUUGCAGCUUUGAAGACCAUUACAGUGAGCACUGCUGUGAAUUCAAGAAUUGUGCUCGGUUUCUGUUGGAUUUUCUUUAUGGUGUUGAAAGAAUGCUUUUUCAUCACUCAACAUACACUAUAAACCAUCUCUCACUGGAUGUUUGAUGGCAUUUCUAUAACAAGGUUGUUUUAUCACAAUAAUUCUGUGUGUUUGUGUAAGCCUAUGUGAAGCCGGGCGGUGUUCCUUGAGUGGUUUCAGCUCACCCACAUGAGCAAAUUUACAUAAAUGCAUUUAUGUACAGAUUUACAUAGAAGAUAUAUAUACUUGUGCAGAUGUGAUAAUGUGCACAUGUGCACAGUACACCACAGAACAGAGAUCAAGAGAACUUGAAUGGCCCAAAAGCGACCUAAAGAAACGAUGCAUUGGUUUGAGAACAUUUGUUAAUUGGGCUAAAAUUCAUUAUCUCCCUAUUUUGUUUUUCUGUAUUGACCUUCUCAGUUGUUGGCAAUGUUAAAUCACUGUUACAAAUCAAGUGACAUAUAAUAGUGGGCUUGAGGAUAAAAUGAAGGUUUUGGUAAUAAGAUGAUGGUGUGAUAAAUCUUUUACAUUUUCCCCCAUUUGCAAGUGUAAAAUUGGUGUAAAUUCCAUACCAUGAGGACAUGAAGAAGCUCGGCAUUUUGUAUUGAUUUGACCUGUAUGAUCUGUAUGAGUUUGAGGACGAGUCAGUCUCCUUGAGCAUAUAUUUAAUCUUGAUUAAACUUAUGUUCAUCUGUACCUGUUGA